GAGCACAAAGUUUAUUUCUUUUUAAAAGCAGAUCCAGCUUUGUGAGUUUUGUUCGAAAUACGAUCUUCAAAUGAUGUGGAAAAUAGUCCUCUCUACCAUAUUUAUUUUUAAAUUAGUUCAAUCCCUAGAUAUUCCGAAUGAUGAUGUGUUUAAUUAUAAUUCAAUCAACCAACUGAACAAUUUACAGAAGGAAUUGCUGAGGGUAAUAUCGACAAUACCAGAAUUCGCCGUAGUAUCUCCCUCUUUAUAUAAUUCAAGACUUUUUAAAGGAAACAAAACCCAUCACAUUGUUGAUUUUAAUAAGUGGAUUUCGAACGUAACAACUGAAAAUGUACUCGAAAAUAAUACAACAGAUAUGCAUAAUUAUGAUUUUAAAGAUAUGAAGUUACUCGCAGCUAACCGGACAGGAAAUAAAUGUAACAUGGAUUUAAUUUAUUUGAUGUUUAGUUUUUCUAAGGAUGCGAGAUUACAAAUGUUGGAUGCUACUGGAAAGCCUCCUUCUGGAUUAAAGAAAGGAAAUUUAUUAUGGCUUGGAGAUUUCAAAGAAUGUCGAGAAGUAACUGUACCUCUAAAAGUUAUUGACAAUAUGAAUUUCGGAAAUUUUAAAGGAAAAUAUUGUUAUCUGUCUUCGAGCGCUGCGGAUUAUAAUAUGAUGAAUGUAGGUUUAAAGAUUGGUAUUUGUGUCCCAGAUUCAUGUAAUGAAGAAAUAUUAUCAAAUGAUCUGAAAGAGCUAUCUACAUUUUUAAUUUAUAUUCCUUGGGUGAAAAAGAUCGUGCCUUUUUUAAAUAGUUCACAAAUUACUUGUCAAAAUUCCACUAAGAAAUGGGAAACUGGCGAAAUAGUAUACAUGUGUGUGAUUUGCAUAUUUGCUUUUUUCAUCGUUACUGGCACAAUAUGUGAUAUUAUAAUUGAAAUUAAAAAGUAUUUAUCGGUUAAGACGGAAAAUAAAAGUUUACCCCAGAAUUAUAAUCCAGGAGAAUAUUACGAUGAAUCUGAAACAAACAAUGAAAAUGAAUUAGUUAUAAACAGCACAACAGUACAGCAAGAAGAGACUGAAUCAGCAAUCGUAAAAUUCUUGAUUUGCUUUUCAUUAUACACUAAUGGAGUAAAAAUUUUAAGCACCGAAAAUACUAGCAGUCAAUUACAAUGUGUUCACGGAAUUCGCUUCUUGAGCAUGUGUUGGAUUGUUCUGGGUCAUACUUUUCUUAUGGCUUUAGCUGUUACAGAAAAUCUAGUCGACUACCUGGAUUAUGUUAAAAAGUUUUCUGCUCUAUUCAUAAUUCAAGCCACAUAUUCUGUUGACACCUUCUUUUUGUUAAGCGGGCUUCUGCUAUCAUAUUUAUUUCUAAAAAAUCAUGAAGGAAGUACUAAAAAGUUCAAUUGGGUAUAUUAUUAUCUUCAUCGAAUUUGGAGAUUAACUCCUAUGUACAUGAUGCUCUUAGGAUUGUACACGACAAUUUGGCUGCGUAUGGGUAAUGGUCCUUUGUGGCCAAAAGAAGCUGAUAAUGGUAAAUGUAAAAACUACUGGUGGCGAAAUUUGCUAUAUAUUCAAAAUUUGGAAAGUGUAUCAGAAAUGUGCAUGGCGUGGACGUGGUAUUUGGCAAAUGACAUGCAGUUCUACAUCAUUAGUCCAAUAUUCUUGAUCCUUUUAUGGAAAUUUCCCGUUAUCGGUUUCAUAGUGAUGUAUGUCGCGUUAGGCAUUUCUUCAAUUACUACGGGAAUUCUAGCUACGAACAACAAUAUAAUUUCAAUUUAUUCGUGGAUGGAUGCAAAUGGUUCAAAUGCACCAGAUAUGAAAACAGUAUCUGGCAAUUUUUUCGAUGAUAUAUACGAUAAACCUUAUUGUCGUAUUGGACCUUAUUUGAUAGGAAUUGCCACCGGUUAUGCCCUGCAUAAAAUGAAUUACUGCAAAAGUCUUUUGAAUAAAAUAGUGUUAACAAUCGGUUGGAUUGUGGCUAUUGCUCUCUCUUCAAGCGUUAUUUUUGGUAUAUAUCAUACUCACAUGGGAGUAAUUGCUGCUUCAGUCUAUAACGCUUUCUCUCGUACAACAUGGAGUAUAGCAGUUGCCUGGGUGAUUUUUGUAUGUUUGGCUGGAUACGGAGGAGCUGUUAAUUCAAUUUUAUCGUGGAAAGCGUGGAUUCCCUUAAGCAGAUUAACUUACGCUGCAUAUCUUGUACAUCCGAUUGUCAUAGCAGGAUAUUAUGGUUCUCUUAUUAAACCAAUCUAUUUUCAGUUGGAUUCUAUGAUAACAUACUAUUUAGGAAUUCUAAUGUCAUCGUAUUUGGCUGCUUUUGUUGUAUCUGUUGUAUUCGAAAGUCCUAUGAUGGCUCUCGAGAAAUUUAUUUUAGAAAAAAUGAAAAAGGAAUAAAAAGAAACAGCCGUUUGUAAAAUAAGGAUUCUCUUGGUGAUCAUCUCAAUUGAACUUUUCUAGUGACCAAAGGAGAAACAUUUGAUAUUUUCUUGUAAAAUAAAUUAAAAUUUUGUUUGUUG